UAUUGAGUCUUUUGAAUCUUUAUGGUCCAUUGCAGAGACUUGCACAGACGAUACUGAAAAGGUGCAGUUAAACAUUUUUACCCUCAACCCAUACUUUUACAAAUACCCCAUUUUCUCCCAGCCAUUUAUUCAUUGUUAUUAGUCUCUGAUUUUCUCCUCACCUUUCGUCUUCCUCUUUUUUUCUCAGUAAGAUACCUACAUACUCAGUAUGCAGGUAUUACACCCUUUUUUUUAUUUAAAUGGACUGUGCAUUAGAGACUCAAUUUUUAUUAAACAGACUGUGCAUUAGAGAUCUUGUGUUUGUGGUUGAAGGGUUAACUCUUACAUUUGAAGGUCUGUGUGUCAUUUCUAACUGUCUUUUUCCUUUUUCUUCUCUCUUUUUUUUUUAAACAGACCAGAGGAUACUUCCCAAGAGCAAGACAGUGUGCCACCAGGUGAUGAGUUUCCAGCAGAGACCACUGUGUUGGUGACCACAGCGGUUCCAGAUGAGGUUAUCUCUGAGAGCGUGAUGGAAGUUACUGCAGAAGCACCAUCUGCUGUCGUGACAAUGGAGCUGGAUACUGAGAUCACUAAUGAGAUUGAGCAGGAGGCAGCUGCUUUGCCUACACGUCCUCUGGUUGAGCAGAGGGUAGAGCUGGCUAUGUUACUGAGUGGAGAACCAUGGAGUGAAGCGCUGCUCAACUCCACCAGCAGUGAGCAUGGCAGACUCACUCAGCGGAUCACAGAGAAGAUUUCCGCUGCUUUGGAGAAACUAACAGAAUUCAAGAGUGUUUCAGUAUUGAACAUCAGGCCACAGGUGGAUCCCUCAAGUGGUGAUAAGGCUGUACUGGUGGAAUAUGUUGUGUCCCUCCAGAGCAACAGUGAAGUGAUCAGCAGUGAGACGCUAGACUUCAUUAAUCUUCAAUCCAACAUGGUAGAGGGCACCUUUAGUUACUCAGAGGGGCCCACAGUCCAGUACACCAUUAUUGACCUCCACCCUGACAUCACUGAGGCUCUGCAUGAGGAAACAUCUCCAGAGGAAACCCAUCCUGCCGAGGAGUUCCCAGACCCUGACCACAAGGAUGAUAUUUUAUCGGUAGAAAAACCGUCUGAGCUGCCUGGAGAAGUGGCAAAGGAGGUCUUUACCAUUAAUGACCAUUUGGAUCCUACAAUGUCUGAAGAGGAAGGUAUGGGAGAGCAAGAUGUCAUACAUUUAGAUGAGAACACACCACCCCUUAUAGACCAUCCCAGCGGUAGUUUCUCAGAGGACCUUCAAGACAAGGACAUGGCAUUACUGUUUCCUCCUAGCCAGACCCCUGCUGUGGAAGGUGAAACUGUUGGUUCCAUUAUCGAUGCCAAGCAAGACAGUGACAUUACAAUGUAUGACCUUGAUCCCGCCUCAGGAUCUGGUGCAAUAGAAUACAAUUGGGUAACUGUCCUUCCUACUGAGGCUCAAGAGCCAGCUGGAGAGACAGAGGUUGAUGAAGAGUUUUUGAUUAACGUAGACAUGCCACAGAUAGAUAACUAUGAAUUCUCCACAAUUACAACAGUGGUUGAAGAAGACCAGAUCUUGCCUGAGGAAACCACAGAAUUGAUUACUGUUGAAGCUGGAGAAGAUAAAAACCUACAACAUAUUAGUGAUGCGCCCGCAGUGCCAUCAGUCAAGGUGGCUGAGGUAGAAUCUACCCCAGAACCUGAGAAAGAGCUCAUAUUACCUGCAGAAGAAGAGGGGCAAGAGGAAGACAACAAGGAAGAAAGUAUUCUAACAGAAACACAAAAGGAUGAGGAUAGUGAAGUUGCUGUAAUCACAAAGGAGAAAUCAGAGGAGGCUGAAGAAGAGGAAGAAUAUGUUGACAUUACCACAAUGCCACAGGAGAACAAAGAUUUUGUGCUAACAGAUACUUCAGUUAUACAGUUUUCAGAGGAAAUUCUAAAAGAGGAUGAGAUCCUAUUGGUCACAAUUGAACCAGCAAGCCCAGUCUACCCAACACCACUUUCACCUGAGAUAGAACAACCCUUCUCCCUCAUGACCAUGAAGACCCCAGAAGAGGUUGAGUUGGGGCAUACCUUAAAUUCAGAAGUCAUGACUACAUCUCUGGAUGUGAUUGAUUACAGAGAGGAAGAGGGUAGUGGUUUCCCUAGUGUCAUUCAGGGUGAUGGAGUUUCCAGCAUUGCCUUGCCAACUAACCCUGGGAGGUCUUUGAUAGUGUUUUUCAGUCUUCGUGUAACUAACAUGAUGUUUUCUGACGAUCUGUUCAAUAAGAGCUCUGCAGAGUACAAAGCCUUGGAGCAACGGUUCCUUGAACUGUUGGUGCCAUAUCUGCAGUCAAACCUCAGUCACUUUGAGAACCUGGAGAUCUUAAACUUUAGAAAUGGAAGUAUUGUGGUGAAUAGCCGUAUGAAGUUUGGGAAGCCCGUUCCUCGUGUAAUCAAUACUGCUGUUUACCUCAUUCUUGAGGACUUUUGCAACACUGCUUACCAGACCAUGAACCUUGCCAUUGACAAAUAUUCAUUGGAUGUCGAAUCAGGGGAACAUGCAGACCCGUGCAAGUUUCAGGCAUGUAAUGAGUUUGCAGAAUGUACAGUGAACCGCUGGUCAGGUGAGGCUGAAUGUGUGUGUAAUGCUGGUUACUUCAGCGUGGACGGACUACCCUGCCAGAGCAUCUGUGACCUUCAGCAUGACUUCUGCCUGAAUGAUGGGAAAUGUGAUGUCAUUCCAGGACAAGGAGCCAUUUGCAGAUGCCGUGUGGGGGAAAACUGGUGGUACAGAGGAGAACAUUGUGAAGAAUAUGUUUCUGAGCCACUCGUAGUUGGCAUUGCCAUAGCAUCUGUUGCUGGGUUCCUGCUGGUGGCAUCGGGAGUAAUCUUCUUCUUAGCAAGAACUCUGAGAGACCAGUAUGACAAGGACGAGACAGAAGACCCAGUACGGAGCGACGACAGUCCACCGUUUAUAGACAGAGCCACUAAGUACAACCCCAUGUUCGAGAGCGAUUUAACAACAGGCUACAGCCAUUACUACCAGCGGUACCCAGAGCCCCCAGUCCACAGCAGCACCAGUGCUGAAGCAUCCACUGACUUCAGCAGUGAAGAGAUACAGCAUAUUUAUGAGAACAGCGAACUCACCAAGGAGGAGAUUCAAGAUCGCAUACGCAUCCUUGAACUCUACACGAGAGAUCGUCAGUUUGCAGAUUUUUUGCGGCAGCAUCAAAUGCAAGUAUUUUUUUAAGAUGUCUUAUUCAUAGCAUAUAGCUUUGCAUAUUUUCACCCCUCACAUUAAUUUAUUUUUAUUUAAUCAGAACAAUGGAUAAUCGAAGAGAAAGCUCCUCCACAUAGGAAAUAUGUCCAGUAUCCUGCUGGGUGCAUGACGUUGAAGAAACUUGUCUUGUCUUUUGGAAAAUGACCUGCUCCUGGAGCAAUUUUUCUUCAGCCUCUCUUUUUCUCUUAGAGAAUUCGCCAUCACAAAUUAAAAUGGAUAACUAUGGAUCUUUCUUAAAAUAAGUUUUAAAAAAGAAAAAGCUAUUUUGUUCCUUUUUUUUUCCCCCUACUGUUAAAGACCGUUUCACUUUUUGUCUGUAUUAGUUGAAGAUCAUGGUCACAGACAAUAUCUAUGUCAUUGAUUGAAAUGUUUUGUUAGUGCCUUCUAUUCUUAUAGCUGUGGUCCGUCUCUCAGCCAAACAAUCUUUAGUGUUCAGAGAUCUUCAGAGAUCCCUGAUGCAUUAUUCUUGAAAGUUACUUGAAUCACUGACCAUUAAUAUUCUAUUACUUUUAGUACAUUAUAUGUAUGUUUUAUUCUUUGGUACCUUUUAUAGUUUCACUGCUGUUCAAAAAGACAAAACAAACAGAUAAUUUUAAUGUUUAUUUUAUUGAAUAUCAAAAAUGUUUGAAAAUUAAUUGUAAACUUACAAAGCUAUAAAAAGUGGCCUCUAAUAACGUUCCAAACACUAAAAUGUUAUUUGUAAAGUAGAUUUGUGUCUUCAAGUGUUGAAUGAAGAAUGUGAAGAAUGUAUUAACAGGGGUUAUAGUAAUAAUAUGUAAUGAUAAUAUAUAUUGUCAUUGUUUUAACUGCCCUUAAUGGAGUGGCUCCUUUCAGCCAAAAUCCCUUUAAGGCUAGUCACUUCACUUGGCAGCCAUCUAGCAAACAUCCUCGGGCAGCUAUUUUCUAUGUACAGUGUGCAAUAGUCAUAUAAGUACAGUUCCUAUAUACUUGAAUGAAGAAGACCAAAAUCUCUAAACACAUUUGUUUUAAAAACAUAUUUCAAAUCAGCAAUAAGAUACAGCUGUGGUAUCAUAAAUCUUGCUGCUUAAGCUCAAAUAAUGAAAUAGGUAAUUAGCUCUUUUCUUUUGACAAAAAGUCUAGACUUCUAUUCCUACAGCUAUCCUAUUUAGGUGUUGCAAUUUCUCCCUUUCAUUUUUCAGUGAAUGGUCUGUCACCACCUUGCAAUAAUGGCUGUUGCAAUAAUUGACAUUUGUAUGUAUUUUUUUAAAAAACAUUUACUGUAUUUAAAGUUGUGUCAGUAAGGAUAGUUCACAUAAAAAUACUGUCAUCUUUUAAAUACACCAUUACUCAUGUGAGUAAAUGAUUUGACAGAAUUGUCAUAUUUGUGUGAAUUAUGCCUUUAAGAAUUUUUGUGAGAAUAAAAUGUUAUAUUAAAGACUUUUAUUUACAAGUUUUAUUAUAGGUGCUAAGGUACAGGUGCUGUUUACAGUAUAUGGUUUAUUGCAGUUUUGUCUAUGUGUGUUAAUUUAGUGUGUAUUGUGUGGAUGAUAUGAUGUCUUUUCCUGAGUUGUGCUGCUCGUCUUCCAUGUAUCACAGCUAAUUUAGGAGUACAGAGAGCUCACUACAAUUAGUCAAAGCUGAGAUUACAGCCCAGAUUACAGGGAAUUACUGUACCUGCAGCCUAUGCUGAAAGCAUGGAGAUGUGACUAUGUGUGUUUGUCUUUUAUACCAUGAAAAUGCUUACAUGUAAAUGGCUAAUAUAUGUAGUACUACAUAGUGAGGUCCAAUCUGAGACAUACUGCAUAUGUGCAAUAAUACAUCAUGUGGGUUUUGAU